GAGUUGGAUGCGAAGGAGAGGAAAGAUGGCAAAAGACACAAACGAAGGGAGCGCAAGAGACGAGGGCGGGCCAAGCACAGGUCAGGUCGAGCAGGAAGCGGCCAAAGGGGGGGAGAAAGGGGAUCAACUUAAGAGCCUGUGCGGACGCCUGCUACAUGUACUCGGCGCGGUGCAGCUGGCGAGGCACGAGUACCGCCCGUCCUGUCGCCAGUGGUCCUUGGUCCUGCUAUACCGCUUGGGCCCAGCGCGCGUACCGGUACUUGCGCGGUCCAGGCCUGGCGCUGCAGCUGCUGGCUGUUGGCGACGGGGGAGGGGCUGCCCGGCUGCAGCGCGACGCUUUCUAGGGCGUUUGGGGCCUCUGGGGGCCUGCAACGGGGCGCCUACAGGGGGUCCCAGGGGAUCCUCAGGCCGUACCUGUACCGGCGCUAGUACUGCUACCGCCCAGUGGUUCAUUCCCGGCCGCGGACCGGCGCCACCACAGGGCCAGGCACAGGACAGGAACUUGAGCCCAUUCCUGCUGGCGAGAGUCGGAACUCGUCCGCUCUCAGCUCUCCACCAACAGACCGGCCUGGCCUUAUCUGGGUAUCCUUCGGAGGAGAAUUUCAUGUGGGAAGCACAGCAGAUGCAGACGCAGAUGCAGAUGCAGAUGCAGAUACAGGGCCUGCAGCGGCACAAUCAGAUGCUUGGUGCAUCUGCUUCCGGGGGCCUCGUCCUCUUGCUUGCCCUCCGACUGGCCCUCGCCUCUGCGAACUUGGACUCCAAAAAAGAGCCGAAGUCUCGCGGGGGGCCACCAAUCCAAGCAGCAAAUCCACCCAAGAAAGGGGAUGAGCCAGGGGCCGCCAUCCAAGCAGCUUGA